CUUCCUCCUGCUGCUGCUGCUGCUGCCGUUUUGACACUGAUUAUUUUGGUAUCCCCGAGAACAUACCGUAAAGGCUUGUGUCACUUCUAAAUAGAUAGUGGGAGAGGGACUGCUCGGAGUCCUAACAAGGCAGCUAGACUUUGCUCAGAGGACUGACAGGCAGACACAUGCACAAUAGCAGAUCACUAGAGAAGGUUGAUAGAGAGAGUAGCUGGUGGCUAAUGUCGACGCUAGCUUAGCUUUAGCUUCACGGAUAGUUAACUCCUGCAUUUUACCAGACCAACUGGUUGGACAAGAAGGAAAUACAGCACUUGUCAUCGACUGUUUUGCAAGUAAAGGAGGCUGUGUGUGGAUAUUAACGCUGCUAAGGGUGCAUGCUCCGGGUCGCUGCUGACCUCGGCUGCACCCAGUGCCCGUCAGGUUGGCACUGCGCCUGGACCCCCACCAUGAGAGCUCUGGUUCUGGGUAUUUGCUGGCCAGCGUAGACACCGACAUGUCCCGGUGGUCCGUAUCCUGAUGGACCGUGACACCUUCUCCCACAUCCGCCUGUGGUGCCCUCGCCCCUUUGGCACCUACUCCCAGAACAAAGCUAGGAGCCCAGGCUCAGGGGGCAGCGGGGGAGGAGGAGGAGGAGGAGGAGGAGGAGGAGGCGGCGGCGGCGGGACGGGGACUCCCUCCCUCUGCAAGGCUGAGCCCUCCCCGGGGGCCAGGAGGAGCGUGGAUGGAGGUGAAGAUGGAGGGAUCAUAGUGGGUGUGGAGGAUGGAGAGGCGGAGGAUGCCGGGGAGGAGAACACUCCCCCCGAACCGGAGAGCUCCAUGACACAGAGCCAGGCCCCUCUGCCCUCCUCGGCCCCUACGUCGCCGCCCUCCUCUGGGUCCCAGAUGGAGGAUGGGCGCGUGCUGUUGGACACCUGGUACGUCAUCAAGCCGGGGAACACCAAGGAGAAGAUCGCCUUCUUUGUGGCUCACCAGUUCAGCGGUGCCGGCCAGCCCCGCCCCAGCGCCAUGAAGGUGAAAGGUAACUGGGCGACGGACUGCAGUAAAGCCAAGAGAAGAAGACGGUGUUCCUCAUACGACCCUCCGACUCGCUCGCAGGCCUCAGAGCUCAACCUCAGCCAUGACUGCCCCCUCUCCCCUCCGAGCCCCGACGAGCCCCCUAUAGGGGGGGUGAGCGAGACGGACCUGCUGUCGGUGGCAGAAAUGGUGGCCCUGGUGGAGCAGAGGACGGCCAUGGCCCUCCAGGGGAUCGUCGCUGUCCACGGGAGUCAGUCUCCGAACACCCCCCCACACCAGCACACUCUCCUGCGGGGCACGGUGUCCGACCCCAGUCCCAUCGUGUUCGUGUCGGACGGUUCAAACGGCCAGCCCUCCAAAGACCCCCAGGAGUCAUCGUCCCCCAUCCAGACGGACCAGGAGCUGGAGGAGCAGCAGGAGUCCCUGAGGGUGGCCCAGGCCAUAGCGCACUUUGAGUCCCAGAACCAGGAGAACCGGCUCCAUCUGGGACGCGAAACAGACUCAAAUCCAGAGAGUGAGCGUCGGAGAGGAGGGGAGUCUGGCGUUGCAUCCCCCCCUCCGCCCCCCAGUCACAGUCACGGCGAGGUCCGAAUAGCUUUCCGCGUGUCGAACCUGGAUCCCCGAUCCCAGCUGGAGCCGGCCGGCAGGUCCCGCUGCAUGUUCAUGAGCUGUGGUGGGGGGGGCAGCCAGGCCGCCGCCCGGGCCAAAGAGAAGAUCACCUGCGACCUCUACCAGCUGGUCAGCCCCUCCUCCAGAGACCCCGGCAGUCUGCUGCUGGCCGCCACCACCGCCGCCCCCAAACCAGACGGAGACCUCCAUCACCCGGACAGGCCGACCUGCGGCAGCCCGGACCCCACCCAGGAGGACAAGAAGUCCGCGGGGAUGGGGAGGGAGCGGGUGACGGGCUUCCACGUGGAGGUGGUGGUGACGGGCGCAGUAGACCAGUGUGUGUUUUACGGCAAAGACAGUACUGAGAACGUGCAGGAGGAGACCGUGUGUUUCGCUCUGCCCAGCGGGGGGGGCGGCUCCACAGACCCUUCAUCAGACGACCCCCCUCCUGGUCAGCUCUUCUUCCUGCAGCCUCCGCGGGGUCCAGAGGAGGAUGUAAAAGGAACCAGCCCCGGCGGCGGGUCGGGGAUUUGCUCUUUAGACUGUGCGAACAACAACAGCGGGCCCGGGGUGUCCGUCGGCUCUGGGGAGCGACCGGAUUCUCCCGGGGUCACGGACGACUGCUCGGACCCCUCGCUGUGUCGCCUCUACCGCCACGUGUCCCACGACUUCCUGGAGAUCCGCUUCCAGAUCCAGCGCCUCCUGGAGCCGCGGCAGUACAUGCUGCUGCUGCCCGACCACAUCAUGGUGAACAUCUUCGGCUACCUGCCCACACGCUCGCUGGCCGCCCUCAAGUGCACCUGCCACUACUUCAAGGUGCUGAUCGAGACGUACGGGGUCCGGGCGGUGGACUCGCGCUGGAACCAGGACCCUCUGUACCGGGAGGACCCCUGCAAGCAGUGCAAGCGGCAGUAUGAGCGCGGGGAUGUCUCUUUAUGUCGCUGGCACCCCAAACCUUACCACCACGACCUGCCUUACGGACGCUCAUACUGGAUGUGCUGCCGGCGGACGGACAAGGACACACCGGGCUGCCGGGUCGGGCUCCACGAUAACAACUGGGUCCAGCAGCCGGCCGACGGCUCGCAGCCCAUUCGCACCAAGAGGGAGGACAGGAGGGAGGAGGCCAGGUAGAGAAAGGGGGGGGGGGGAGUACUCUCAGCACUCCAGGAAUAUUUUCUUUUUGCUCCAGCACUCCUGGCCUGUGAGUGAAGCGGUAACGAAGGAAGAGAGGUGUAUCACUCUCCUUGCCUUUUUGUCUUUCAAGCCCUGCCAGAAUCCCUCUCCUCCAGUGGCACUUUCUUUAAAAAAACCAGGGUUGGGGUCCCCUCCGUCAGCCCUCUCUUUCUGCCUCUAACUCAUCCGGGUGUCUGUCUAACUCUGCCUCACACGCGGCCGUUUGAAGGUCCUUCACGUGGAAACUCUUUGCAGUGUAUUUGAUUGAGAUUAGCAUCCAUACAGUGACGCAUAGAAAUGUAUCGCCCUAGAGCCUGCUUCCUGUUCCCAAAUCCUCGUUGUGUGUUCUGUGUAGUACCACGUGUGAGCUGUACAGCGGUGCUUCGAGGAGAUGAGCUGCAGAUGUAAAAAAAAAGUGGAGGAAUGUGCAGCGCCGCUCUGGAAAUGUGAUUGUAUAAAGCAAACUUGACUUCUCCGUUGUACAAGACGCCAUUUGUACCUGUCCAUGCGUUUCUACUUCUCUGAAUGUGCUGUAAUGGUGUACUAUGUUCGAUUAUCCCCUGAUAAUGCUGCUGAAAUCAUUUGCCUGUGUCACUGACGUUGUUGUUAUUAUUACUGAAAUAGCCAUCGGUUGAGCGGCGGGCACAGUUCCCGCCGUUGUUUCAGAGCGGACCCUGACCUUGCUGACCAGCCAUAAAAGAGGAGCUCCUUCUGGUUUACAGAGAAUAUUAUGGGAGAUAAAGACCAGUGGGAUUGAAUGGGAUUCAAAAAGAGAAACUUGAUGUCACUUUGUAUGGUUUGAUUGACUUGCUUUGUUUGCCAUUUUGUGUGUGUGUGUGUGUGUGUGUGUGUGUGUGUGUGUGUGUGUGUGUGUGUGUGUGUGUGUGUGUGUGUGUGUGUGUGUGUGUGUGUGUGUGUGUGUGUGUGUGUGUGUGUGUGUGUGUGUGUGUGUGUGUGUGUGUGUGUGUGUGUGUGUGUGUGUGUGUGUGUGUGUGUGUGUGUGUGUGUGUGUGUGUGUGUGUGUGUGUGUGAGAUGUUUGCUGUUGGGUUUGCUUUUAUUCUUGAGGACUGUGUUCUCCCCGUAUGAAGUCUGUCAUCCUCCUGCAAAGAUGUUUUUUUUUAAUACUCCAUCUUUGUCCCCCGCCUCUCUUUCCCGUCCUCCCAUCGCGGCCGAGGUCAGUGUUUUCCAAAGCCGUCAUCCACGCUUCGAAGCGGGUGAAACCAACUACCACAGAAACUCUCCACACCAGCUUCCAGCCUUAAAAGCCCCCCUACCUCUUACCCCCCUCCCCUUGCAGGAAAUUGAGGCGUCAGAAACCUCACGUAUGAUGAGGAGUUUUGGGAGUAGCACAGGACCCUGUAGGUGGCCAGAUCUCAGACUCGAUCCAGCUCCACUGGAUCCACCCAUCACUCUGUGUGUGGGAGAGUACGAUGAACAGUGCCUGGUGAUGCUUCUGACUAUUAAUUCUUGGAAAAACCCUCCCCUUCUCUCCCCCCUCUUUCCCUUGCUGUAAAACCCCUGCUAGCUGACAGACUGGACGUUUAAAGGACUUGAAUGAUGCUGAAACUGUGCAUGGAGGUGGGCAGACGACCGGGUAUUCAUGGGAGAACUCUGUAGGUUCCAGACAUUUACAAUGCUAAUGGGAAAUAUCUGCUUAAAUAAAAACAGAAGUGAUGAUUAAAACUGGAAAUCUGAA